AUGGUACGUAAAGCCCGCGUUCGACUAAAGCUCCGUGUGCGCCCUGCUAAUCCUCCCGCGCCAAAGCCUCCCAAGAGGCGCGGAGCUCCCGCAAGCUCCUCCGCAACCCCAAAGAAAGCCCGCCAAUCCAAGCUCGCAAAGGAAAACAACAUCUCCGCCGAGGAAGAGAACGAGAUCAAGGAAGUUUUCCAGCUCUUUGCAGAUGCGCACGAUGAUUUCCCCGGCGAGAAAGAGGGUGUCAUUCCCCGCGAAGAUGUGCGCAAAGCCAUGGUAGCCCUCGGUCUUCCUCCUUCCGACUCAACCGAACUGUCUGAUAUCCUGUCCGCCCUCGACCCAACCUCAAUCGGCUACAUACCCUACAGCCCAUUUGUCUCGGUCGUCGCAGCCAAACUCCGUUCGCGCGAUGAUGAUGCCAUGGCUGCGGAGGUGGAUUCUGCGUACCAACUCUUCACGAAAGGGGCAGAGGGACCGAUCUCGCUCAACCACUUGCGGCGCAUUGCGCGUGAGCUCAAGGAGGACUCUGUGGGUGAUGACUUGCUGAAGGACAUGAUCAUUGAGGCGAAUGGGGGCGCUGGGGUCAGCGCUGGCGUUACCCUGGAACAAUUCCAUGAUGUUAUGAAGCGCGCGGGAAUCUUUUGA